AUGAGCGACUCAUUUUAUCAGGAAAAAAAAUGUCAAGAAGAGGAUAAAAGAACCGGUCUUCUCCUUAAAUAUAUUUUAGAUCACACGGAAUUUACAUCAUCUCGUCUUCCAUCUCUUUAUUCUGAUUUUUUUCCGCUUAAAAACUCUAAUUUUGAAGGUUAUCAAGCAAAUACUAAUGCAUGGAAAAGUGCACUAGAAGAUGCAGUUUGGGCAGGAAAAAUUGAAUGGACAUGUGAUUACCUUGUUAUUCAUUGUGAUAACCGUCUGUCUAUUUCUCUUUAUUCGCCAAAAUAUGGUAUACCAUUGGGAAUAAAAGAAACUAUGGAAUAUUCGUUAGAAAAAGGAGAAUGGAUUCGUUUGUGUGAUUUUUUUAAGAAAAAAGAUUGUAUUUAUUCCUAUGCAUUAUCAUAUAUGUCGAAUUUUGUUGCAUGGAGUUUAGGAAGAAUCGGUAAAUAUAUAUUAAAAAAAGCAGAAUUAGAUACAAGUUGUAUAAUUCUUGAGCAUGUUGAAAGAGCGGAAAAUGCAUUUCUUACAGUUGUACAGGAUAAAAUUAUGUAUAGUGAACAUAUUUAUUCAUUUGAUGGACUGGUUAGAUGUUUUUCCAAUAAAAUAUUUAGUUCUCGUAUUCUUUCUGAACUGGAUAUGAAAAUAAUGAUUUACCAUUUAUCAAGAAAUAAAAAGGAGGCCACUAUAAGUGAAGAUGGUCAAAUAAUUAAAUUAAGGCGAAAAAGUGAUGCUAGAGUGUUAAAUAUUACGGAAACUGAUCAUCUUAUUUCGAAUUUAAAAACGAUUUUUUAUCGUUUGAAACGAUUGACACAAACACUUACACAAAAUAUAAUACAUUUAGAUGAAUCGAUCAAAACGGCAAUUCAAUCAAAAAAUAAAACGCUUGCGAUGUUCCAAUUACGUUCUAAAAAAGCGUCAGAGCUGACAUUAAAUAAAAGACUUCAAUCUCUAGAACAAGUGAAAGAAAUUCUGUCAAAAAUUGAUGAAGCAGUGAUUCAUUUGGAUAUUUUAAAUUCAAUGAAAGCCGGAGUUGAAGUGUUAGAAAAUUUAGUAAAAGAAAUAGCCGACAUUGAAAAUGUCAAAGACAUUAUGGAGAAAUUCAAAGAAUUAUCAUAUGAAGUUGAUUGUAUUGGAGAUACGUUAGGCACUGCAAAUUUAAACAAUAUUUCUGACAUAGAAAUUGAACAAGAGUUUGAAAAAUUAUGCGAUGCCUUAAAAAAUGAAGUUAUUGAAAAGCCAAAAGAAGAUGCAGAAAUAGAAAUAAUUAACAACAUGUUUGCAGAUAUGGAUUUAGAGGUACCAUCAUUAAUACCUCAUAUUACUAGCAAACGCAUUGAAGAGACACAAUUAUUUGAAUAA